AUGUCGGAGGAAGAGGCUGGUUCUAGGCUGUGUUCUUUUCAGCCAGUUACCCAUUGCAUUUUCGAACUCGAUGGUCUGUUGAUAGACAGCGAGCGUUUGAGAACGGAAACCGUUCAAAGGAUUCUGGAUCCCUAUGGUCAUACGUAUAGCUUCGAUCUGAAGAUGCGGUGCAUGGGAAAGCCGGAUUCCGAGCAGGCUGCUCUCAUCGUAAACACCUUCAAUCUGCCCUUCAGCAUGACGGAGUUUGAGAACCAACAGGAACUCCAGUGUCGUGGCAAAAUGGGUUUCAUUCGACUGAUGCCCGGUGUGGAGCGUCUACUGCAUCACCUCAAAUCGUUCAACAUUCCCAUGGCGAUCGGAAGUGGCUGCGGUAGGGAUUCGUUUAGGAUAAAGACGCGGCGGCACUCCAGGCUCUUCGAUGUCUUCCACCACGUGGUUUUGAGCGGCUCCGACGAAGAAGUCAAGGAGGGGAAACCUGCUCCGGAUGUUUUCCUCACCACCGCCUCUCGUUUCGACGAUUCGCCGGAGCCGAACAAGUGCCUGGUCUUCGAGUCCUCUUUAGUUGGAAUGGAGGCUGCUCUAGCCGCUGGCAUGCAGGUGGUCCUCGUGCCCGAUCCUCUGGUAUCCAUUCGCGCAAGUGCUCCGGCCACCUUGAGACUGCGAUCGCUAGAAGUAUUCAAGCCACAAUAUUUUGGACUGCCACCUUUGUGAGAUAUAUGUAACGUGUAGUUUGAAAUAAAAUUUUGCACCGUAUCAAUAAUUACAAA